CGCAUACAGUACUUGACUGGCCCGGGGGUACCUUUGGCCUCAAGUCUGGCGACAUGUCCUGGAUGGUCCUUCAUAGCGAUUCCGGUCAUGUAGAAGCUCCUUCAUCCACCACAGACGGCGGCUUUACCAUGAAUCUUGGGUCCGAUACGUCCAACAUGCCCUUGCAGCCAUACGACACAAUGCUUUUUGACACUCUCAUCCCCUUACGGGCCUCCACCACGGCUCUCAAGGACGCUACAUCUAGCACAUACUCUCGGCCAUUGUCUCCAAAAAGCGAUCCUACUACAUUUCCUGAUACUAGUAGCGUGUCGGACCACACCAGCCCUAGGGAAAUCACGCCUGAGCCUUCGUCGUCAACGCUUAGCCGGCAUAGUUACAACCAACUUCUUCGAAAACAUAGCGAGAACUUACAAAUCGCCGGCACAAAACGAAGGCAUAGCGAGAUUUACGGACGCAGUACAGGGUCACCAGAAACAACGGCAAGUUCCACGUCACAGUCUCUGACGUUAGAUACAACGGCCCUUCCAGGCAGCAACAAGAAGAUGACGAUACGGGAGAAGAACCGAACCGCUGCGGCCAAGUGUCGCAACAAGAAGAAGUGUGAAAUUGCAGAGCUCCAGGAGACAGCAAAACAGCUCUCGGAGAAGAACAGUACCCAAAGCGCCUAUGUCAAGUAUUUACGCGAUGAGAUACUCGCUCUCAACAUGGAGAUCCUGCGACAUGGCACUUGCGAGAGCCAUCUCAUCCAGGACUACAUCAUGGAGAGGGUUGGUAAGUUGGGUCUGGAUCAGGGAAGAGCCAUUUCACAAGACACUUUUGCACCAUAAAAGGCCAGA